AUGGCUAAAUUGCAUUUUUCGGGAGAAGAAGAAGAAAAGCAACUGAUCGAAAUGGUUCGAAAAAAUGUUGAGUUGUUUGAUCUGUCUCACAACAAAUAUAAAGAUGCAGAACAUAAAGAUAGUAUUUGGUUGGAUAUUGCUAACACUAUAGGGAAAUCUGGUAUAUAA